AUGAACGCGGCCAAUGUGAGCACGGCGGUUGAGCAGGGCGAGAUGCCUCUGCAGCUCGAUACAGGCCUGCUGGCUUCGGUCGAUGUGAAUCCCAUGGAUAUUCGAAAGUACAUGAAGGACACGGAAGCGCUGCUCCAGGCUCGCACACGUAAUUCGACACAGCACUUGAUCAACACUAUAUUUCAGCUGCCUAUUGAACGACAUGCUACGUACGGACCACUGGCUAGCCUGCCGGAGUUUGUGACGCAGCUUCCGCGUGAAAAGCCAUUGCCGAAACCGAAACCACUGACGAAGUGGGAGAAGUUUGCGCGCGCAAAGGGCAUUGUCAAGCGUAAGAAAGAUCGGCUCGUCUUUGACGAAGAGCGACAAGAAUGGGUGCCUCGCUGGGGCUUUCAGGGCAAGAAUAAGGAUCUCGAGAACCAGUGGCUUGUUGAAGUGCCGAGCAAUGCCGAUGAUGAUUUCCGUCCCGACAAAGCCGCGGCCAAAGAACGCCUGGAUAGGCGUAAGAAGAACGAACAACAGCACGAGCGCAACUUGGCUCGUCAGUCUGGUGCUGCGGCCGCUAUCCCAUCCGGAUCAACCAAGGGAAAAAGUGAGCUGGGCUCUGGCAAAGCGUCUAUGUCAUCGCGGCGUCGCGCUGAGCUCGAAUCUGAGAUCUUGCGUGCACGUAACAGCACUGCAUCGAUGGGUCGUUUCGACAAGCAUCUUGAAGGCGAGACGAAGCCACGCGGGGUGAAACGGACAUUCCAGCCGAACGAGAUAGAUGCUCGGCAAGAACGAGCUGCGAAUUUGUCGGUGCUGGCCAGGCUUGAUAAAGGCAGUACUGACUCCGAGAUGAAUAUGCGCAAAGCUAUCAAGUACGCUAGCCAGGCCCAGGGCUCGAAAGCUCUCGCUCAAAAGGCCGCGGGUAAGCGGCGGAAGUAA